CCCCCGCCCCCCGCGCGCACGCCAUUAAAUCCCCCCAACCCGGCGACAGCGGCUCUCACCUGCACCCCGCUGGGCGCAGCACCAUGACUACCUGCCGCUACGCUCUGCUCGCCGCCCUCUUCCUGGGCCUGCUGCUCAGCUUUGCCGCGGCCACAGGCGCCGGAGCAGGGAAGGCGGGCGUGUGCCCCGAGCUGAAGGAGGAGCUGAACUGCACGCAGGAGUGCGGCUCGGAUGGAGAGUGCGCCGACAACCUCAAGUGCUGCCGGGCGGGCUGCGCCGCGGUCUGCCUGCUGCCCAACGAAAAGCCCGGCUCCUGCCCCAAAGUGGACUUACCCUUGACCCCGCUCGGCCUCUGCCGGGACCAGUGCCAGGUGGACAGCGAGUGUCCCGACCAGAUGAAAUGCUGCCUCAAUGGCUGCGGGAAGGUGUCCUGCGUCACACCCGUCUUCUGAGUUUCAGCCACCACAGCCUGAGGAAUGAGGGAGUGGGAGUUUCUACCUGGCCCCGUCUGGCUCCAGCCCAGCUGCCCUCCCUUCUUUCUGGCCUCUGCACUCCCUCCUGUGCUGACCACAGUUUCUUUUUCCAACCAAUAAAGUGACCACUUCCAGCA